AAAUCUCGGUGUGUGUAUAAUAAAUUGGGAUUCUCCAAAUUUUUCGAGUACUUCACUUUUCAGUUAAAUACGACGCAGAACGUCAACUACUAAGUUUKGAUGUGAAAUGCUACUGGGUACAACUGGCAGAUUCCUUGUCAUUGGUUUAUUUAUUUUUGUGGUUCCUGUUAAAGGUGAUGGUGGAUGUAGAGCACUUGAAUUUCUUCCAUGUUGGCAAGACUACACCUUCAUCAAUCACGUGAUCAAGUUCUUCAGAUUCCUAGCUCCUGGAAUAGAAGAAUGUCAGGACAAAUGUUUUAUUGAAAGCAAAUGCAUUUCGUACAACUUGGGUCCAAUAGAAGGAUUGACAAGAACAUGUGAACUGAACGAGGCUGAUCACUGGACCCGACCUGGCCAGGAGGUACCCAAAGAUGGUUUUCAAUACUGUCCAAUCAGGAAUCCCUGUUUAUCAUAUCCAUGUCCGGCUGACAGGAUGUGUAGACCUGACUUCUCAUGGGACACAUUCAGCUGUGAUGAUGGAGGUUGGACGUCAUGGAGUCCUUGGACUAACUGUAACCCAUCAGUCUGUCCGUACACACGUAAGAGAACCUGCACAAACCCAGCCCCUCAGAAUGAUGGAGCCAACUGUACUGGACCAGGAAUGGAGACAAAGAACUGCUUUAUACCAGUCCCAGCUCCAGACGGUUGUGAUAUUCCAUUCGGGAUGGCAAAUGGAAAUAUUUCUGACUCACAGAUAACAGCAUCAUCGUACUUUAUAAACCCUGAAAGACACCCAGACAUUUAUCUACCAUCAAGAGCGCGGCUAAAUGGUACUUCUGCCGAACCUGACCGCGAAGGGGCAUGGGUACCAAACACUAAGUCUGUAGGGGAAUAUCUACAGAUUGAUCUUGGCAGCGUUAAGAUGAUUACUGGAGUCGCCACACAAGGAAGACAAAGUUGGCCACAGUGGGUAACUGAGUAUAAAAUAUCUUACUCAAAAGAUAAUAGCAGCUGGAUAGACUACGAAGGAGACUGUAAUGAGGUUUGAAAAUAUUUUUUACAA